GGAAUCAGAUCUGUAUUGUUUGUUUUGCUUGUUUGUUUUAACCGCAACCUAACUCAGGGAUUUUAGUGAAGAAGAAAAAAAGUUUAUACGAUUCACUGUUUUGUGCAACCAAGAAUUCCAAGAAAGAAGCCACUUCAGGCUGGCUAAAUAGGGACUCCAAAGACAUAAUCCAUAUUAGAAUCUGUAUCCCUUUAUUUCUAGUUUGGUUUUUCCCUAGGUUUUGACUCUCUGUAUUGACCUCAUUCUCAGUCAUUUCAAAGUGGCAAAGACGGUUACAGCAUUUGUGGGCCUGUAAUGAUUGCAUGGCAGGGAUCCCAUAGAAGAAAGAGCCUUCUCUUCCAGUAUUUCAACAAGAGUUCCAAAGCUGACUCCUGGUGGUUUGGUUUUGUCACAUGUCAUCCUUGUUCUACUUACCAAUCCAGGAAGAUGGACUAAUCUCCUUGACCAGUCUAGGUUAUAUGCCCCAUGUUGAAGGUGGUAUGAGGCUGUCAGAUUCCAUUUGGACAGCGAAGGUCUCUCCUUUUUCAAAGGAGCUUGAAGGACCUAUCGCCAAGAGAAGAAUGGAUGCCAGUACAGAAAGAUGUUGAAGGUUUCAGAAAUGGAAGUCUGGGAUGUAUUAUGGAAUAUGGGAAGUAUUUCCCAUAUUCAGUGGUACUCAGUGAGUCUCCUGGCUUCCUCAUCCCUCAGUCCCCGUUGCCCACUGCGCUUAACCGAAGACCCGUGUUUUGUAACACAGCACAGUUCCGGCAGUGUAGUGGCUAUGGAAAGAAAACGAAGACGAAAGAGACUCAGACUGAACCUCAUCAGGCUGCAAACCGGACUCGGAAACAAGACACCCACUCAGAAGGUGGUAUGGUGACCAGUAUCCCGACUUCUAAUAUUGACACAGAAACUGACAACAUUCCUGAACCAACAGAUGGGGUUUUUUCAUCUGUUGCCCAGAAGCAGCAGCUCCAUGGUGAGAGCCCUUCUCUUAACACUGUGUAUAGAACAUCACCUCAAGUAAACUAUGCAUCUGGGAAAGGGAAAAUGAGGCUAGAACAGAGCAAAGGAUCCCCUGUGACACAGUUCUGGAAGACUUUGAAGGAAACUAUCCGUUUGUAUGACCUAGCUUAUGGUAAAGCCGUGCCAGACAUCAUGGUGCAGCACGGUGGGAUGUCACACAGUUCUCGUGAGAGUAGAAGUGUGCUUCGUAAGCGUCACGAGGGUGCAGAUGGCAUUACGUGUAAAGAUGAAGAAAGCACUAUCUGGUCGGAGCAGUGUCAUGAUGUAAGACGUGAUGAGGUGGUAAAGUUGGGCUCCAUUAUGGACAUGAACUUGGGUAAAGAAAAAGGCUACGCAUCUGUUCCCCAAUUCCUGUCCUCUCCAGAUGAAGCGAAAGACAAAGAUAAAGUCCAGGAUACCCUGAACUCCAAUCUGUGCCAGUCUUCUGGAGAUAGCAAUAAGCUCCAGCAGGAAAGGCCAAUCUGUUCCAGCAAUAAAGCCGUUGAGGACCUGAGCCUAGACUCCAAAUCCCGGAGUCCCGUUAGCUUUGGGGAAAGCAUGCCAGACAAUGGUAGUGGGGGCCCUGGCUUCGCUGUGAACGUGGACGAAGAUGAAGUGGUAGAGAGCAACGGCUACGCUGAGAAUUAUGUCCUUCCCCCUACCUCCCUGGCCCGGUUCAGCCAGGUCACUGAAGGCAUUCAAUGUGAUAUGAGCCACUGGCAGGAUGCAGAGCACGGGAAAUCUCCUGAGUCCUCGCUAGAAAGCAGAACGCCAACAGAAGAGGAGGCAGUCAGGUGUGGGGAACUGGACAAGGUGGUAGAGAGGGACAGCUAUUCAAAGUAUGUUCCUCGCCCUGCCUGGUUGGCCCAGAUGAACAGCAGGGGGGUGGAUGAAGGGAUUCAGUGUGAUAGGAGCUGGUGGCAGGAUGCAGAGCUGGAGAAAUCCCCUGAGCAAAUGCCUUGCAAAGAUGAAGGGUCAUCACCAGACUGCAAAACUAAGGGAUCAUGGAAGACCAUCAGGAAUGGGAAGUUGAAAACAGAUGAAGAAGAAAUGACCAUGAAUGAUGAGACUGAGGAGGAGGAUCGUGAGAACUUCAAAAAGUGUGCAAAGAUUAAAAAAACUGUGAAAGGCAGGAAGCAGAAAUCCCUGAGCAACUUCUCAAGCGGGAACACAGUCUACUUAUUGAAGAAAAAUGCUGCCUUGAACACUGUACUUCCCAAGGAUUCAGAAGACUGUGAGUUGGAAGAGGAAGCUGAAGAUGAAAUGUAUGAGACAGAAUGCCUCUUUGAAGAAGUCAGUCCACUGGGCCCUGCGACAUCUUCCAAAGGAAGGAUUUAUCGUGAGGCUGGCAGGAUCAUCAGGCUGCCACCUGAGUGCUCUCUCCCUCCCCAACUUAUUGUGUGGCCCACCAGAAAUAAGUACAGGUUAAAGCUUGGAGAAUACGAGAGCAUCCCCAUGGUAUGCGAAGCGACGGGACAGAAUGGCAGGUUCCAAGGGGAACGUACCAUGGCCAUGCAGGAGGGACUGGAGUCCAAGAGAGCCUCUCACAAGGCCUGGGAAUGUAAGUGA